CUUUCCCUCCCUGCACGAAAUUUCCCUCCGUUCUCCCUUCUUAUUCAUAGCUGUUUUUUUAACACAAAUUCUUUUUGUUCAGUUUGUUUUGACCCGUAGAAGAGAAUGGCAUCAAAGGCAGCGUACAAGCGGCUGAGCAAAGAAUACCUCGGAAUGCAGCGCAAUCCGACGCCGUACAUUACGGCCAAGCCGUUGGAGAGCAACAUUCUUGAAUGGCAUUACGUGCUACGCGGGCCGCCUGAGACACCAUACGAGGGUGGCGAGUAUCACGGCCGGCUCCGGUUCCCUGCCGACUACCCGUACAAACCACCGGCGAUUCAGAUGAUCACGCCCAGCGGACGAUUCCAGACCAACACAAACAUCUGUAUGAGCAUGAGCAACUUCCACCCAAACACAUGGAACCCGGCGUGGUCGGUCUCAACGAUCCUCAACGGCAUGCUGUCGUUUAUGGUCGAGGAGGAAGUGACCACUGGGAGUAUCCGCACGUCCGAGGCCGACAGGCGGGCGCUAGCGCGCAAGUCGCACAUGUUCAACAUGGCAAACAAACUGUUUGUCCGGCCAGCCACAGGCGCCAGCCCUAGCAAGAAGCAGCCAGUCAGCGACGGAACAGAGGAUCGCAGCUGCAGUAAUGAUUUGGGUCACAAGACCGCUGCCAGUGCCCCAGCCAUGGAGGAAACGCCGGUUGCGCCAGCUGUGGCCGUGGCCAACAACCAGCGGUCGUGGCUGGCGGUGCCGACGCUGUCGAGCAAGUGGGUCAUUCUGAUUGUUGUGCUAGCAUAUGUCUUUGCGUCCAAGGUUGUUACGCGGCUGUUGACUGCCGCCUAAGACCCACGUCUCCUCCCCUCCACUUUCUCUG